AUGGGAAAUAAGCCCUCAGUGAAUUAGAGUAAAUUUCAGAGAUAAAUGACAACUAAUGAUAAAUAAUUUAAAAAAGAUUAAAGUUAAUCGAAUGUUAUUGCUCCUUAUAGAGAAGGAACGACUUUAGCUGUGGAAAGUAAAUUGAAGGCAUAUUUAAAAAAUGCGAACGAAGGAGAAGAUCUUGAUGAUGACAAUUAAGGGGGACGAAAUAAGUUAUAAUAAUUCAAGGAAGACUAACAUAAUGUCGAGAAUAUUCAAAAGGAAAUUAUCUUUUUAGAAGAAACAGUUUUUUCGAAAGAGAAAUUGCAAAGAGUUCGUGAAGACUUUGAGUCCUAUUCCAAAGAAAAUAAAAUGAGCAGAAAAAAGUUACUUGAAUAUUUUGGAAUGGCAGAACUUGAUAAUAAAAGACUUGGAAAUAGGAUUUUUUAAUGUGUUAAAUCAACAUUCUCCCAGAAAAAAACAGGACCAUUCUUAGAUUAUGCCAAGUUUCUAAAAGCUAUAUCGAUGCUGUCUUAAUAAAACGAUGAGGGGAGGUUAAGAUUUUUGUAUUCCAUGUUUGAUAUGAACUUAGAAGGUAGUAUAGAAAAAGAUGAGAUGUAUAAUUUAAUGAUGAUGUUUUUAGAAGGCAUGAUGUCUAUCAAUUAUGAGAAUUAAGAUUUGAAUGAUUUAAAAUAAAGAAUAAGUGAAUCGCAUGACAGAUAGAUUGAACUUGCAUUGGAGGAAAUUGUCAAUGAAAUCUAUUAGAAUCAUGCAUCCAAACAAAACGUAUUGAGUUAUGAUGAUUGGAGAAAUUGGUUGAUGGAAUAGGAAGGUAUUUAGGAAAUUUUAAAAUUUAAUCCUCAUACUGAUUUUUAGGAUUGAGAGGAUCCUUUAAUAAUUUGAAUAUGCUUAUAUUAUAUAUCAUUUUAUUUCCCUUUAAUUACUUAAGAA